CUCAUCAAACCAAGCCAAACCGAGAACAACCAUCAUCAUCAUCAACCACAACAACAUUAUCAUGUCUCAAACAUUCACCCCCUCCACUAAAUUCUCAACCAACGAGCGUGACUGGCAAGCCGAGAUCGGUAUGUUGCCAUGGACUACAUCGAUCGUCUUCACCAAGGAAUCUUUAGUCCGAUUCUUGAAGACUAUGGAUCUCGAAGUCGACCCGAACAUGUCUCAGCUCAAGAAAUUGCCGAAAUUCGCUACGUGCGGGGUGCUCUCUGAGGGCGAGAAUAACUUGCAGGCUCAGCCCCCCGCAUCGACUGUUUCGGAUGCGCCAUCCACCGAUCAAGCCGACCUCCCGGCGUUUAUUCCAACCCGCAAAGUCCGCGAACAACCUGGUGGAGGGAGUUCGCAAAUUGCUUCAUUACUAGGAGGCAACAGGGAGAACGACGCGAUGAACUGGGUGCCCCCGCCGAUCUCCCAACAUGACCCGACGACCCCUGUCUCGUCGACCCAUAAUGAUCACCAUCAUCAACAGGAACCCGUCCCUCAGGUCGAGGACGACAUGCCUCGCGUCAUGAUGCCCGACGGCUCCCGCUUCGUGCCCUCUAGAAAGGUCAGAGAACCCGUCGGCGGACAUUCUAGUAUGGCCGACCUCCUCGCCGGUGGACGGUGAAAAAAAUAACAAUCUCGCUCCAGCCCCCUCCUAAAUAGCGUCGUCCCGCUUUCUUCUUCCUCUUCAAAUCAAACCCGUGCUCGACUUUUUGUUGUUGUUUUAUGAUCUGGACUUGGCUUUUUUUUAUUUCGGGUUCAGUCUUUCUUAUAUAUAUGGUCUUUCUUUCCUCUAUGACAACUUCUCCUUUUCCCCGGUUACUAUCCACUCUUCUUCCUUGUUUAUUGCCACUCUCUUCUUCUUCUGGAUGGUCGUCGUCGUCAGAAAGGAUCACAUUGUCUCGUGAUCAUUGUUCCGAGUUUCAUUCAGUAAACCUUGUGGGAAGUAUCAGGGGAGAGAGAAGGGGUUGAAUUCCUUUUCUUUUUUUGGCAAGGUCACUUGUUUUAGAUCAAUCUUUUCCUUCUUCUUAUUUUGUUCCUUGCUUUGUUUGUUUGUUUGUUUCCCGGCUCUUCUGAACUAUCAAAUCGACAUUGACAAAGAGACAAGGUGGUAUUGAGGGGAAAGACAAAAGGACUCUCCCUUCCUCGUCUGCAAUGCAUAUAGAAUGAUCCUACAAAAAUGUGUUGGAAAAUCGAGCGGCUUUGUUGUUUAGCACUACCG